GGGAGGCUGAGGAGGACCUGCUCUCGUACGACGCCAUCAGUUCGCUACACCUGCAGCUGGACGAUGACGCCGACGGCCAGAUCGACAAGGCCGAAUCGGACGAGUUCCUGCGCGAGGAGCUGAACUACGUCCAGGGCUACGGCAGCCGGCAGGACCUGUUCCACCGGUCCGACCAGAGCCAGGAUACGGCCGUGAGCGUGCGCGAGCUGUGGGAGCACUGGCGCCGCUCGGCCGUCCACAACUGGACCACCGAGCAGACCGUCGAGUGGCUGGUGCUGCACGUGCACCUGCCGCAGUACCGGGAGGUGUUCGAGCUGCACCACAUCGCCGGUCCGUCGCUGCCCAGGCUGGCGGUGAACAACAACCACUUUCUAUCCGGCGUGCUGGGCAUCAAGGAUCCGCGCCACAAGCAGAAGAUCAUGCUGAAGGCCAUGGACGCCGUGCUGUUCGGCCCCCCUAAAGACCCCAGCAACCUGGUGAAGGACGCCAUCCUGCUGACGCUGGUGCUGGUGGCGUCCGUCGGCUGCUGGCUCGUCUACCGGCAGAACCAGAAGUUCCAGCUGCGCAUGCGCAAGAUGACGGCCGACAUGGAGAGCCUGAGCAAGGCUGAGGAGACGCUUCUGGGCCUGCAGGUGGAGCUGGACCGGGCCAACCAGGAGAAGGAGGUGGUCUCCUCCCACAACCGGCGUCUGGAGCAGCGGUUGACCGGUGACGUCAGCGCCGAUGGCGGCCAGUCCGAGCUGGAGCGACUCCGUUCAGAGGUCGAGAUGCUGACGGAGACGCUGCGCAGCACCGAGGCGGAGCUGGAGGACCGGUGCUGGAACUGCCCGCCGGCGCUGCAGCACUGGCUGCAGCUCACGUACGAGCUGGAGCUGCGUGACCACAGCCGCAAGCGCGCCGACGCCGAGCGACAGCUGGAGGACGCCAAAGUCAUGUGCGACAAGCUGCGCAAGAAGCAGAACAGCCUGUACGGCGCGCUGGUCUCCACACACGGCCGCACCGUCAACGACGUCGACACGAGUAUCGUCCUGGCGCGGAAGGCGCUGAUGGAGGUGACGCAGGAGCUGCAGGAACGCACCUACCGCUGGCGUCAGAUCGAGCUGAUCUGCGGCUUCCAGGUGGUGCACAACCCGGGCCUGCCGUACCUCGAGUCGCUCACGCGCACUCUGCAGCGCAACACAACGUCCAUACCCCGCACCGCUUCAUCGCUUAGAAAAUCGGACGAUGACCUGGACGAGGAUAGCGUCUCUACACACGGCCAAAGUGCAAUCUCGGAGCUGGUCAGCCAGUCGGCGCUGCUCUUCCUCAACUCGGGCGGCGGCCCGGUGCCGGCGGCGGCGCGCGCGGCCGAGCGCCGCGGCUCGGCGCGGCUGCGGCGGGCCGACACGACCCCGACGCUGCUGGCCAGCGCCUCGUCCACGGCUGUAAGCGCACUCGCCGAACGAGCCAGCGCCUCGCGGCUGCUGGAGCGCGACUCGAGCCAGUCGUCGUACGACCCGUCGACUCGGCCGCUGGAGCGCGACUCGAGUCAGUCGUCGCACGAGUCAGCCCGGCUGCUGGAGCGGGACUCGAGUCAGUCGUCGCACGGCUCGGCGCCGGACGGCGAGCCGCGGCCGGCCGGCUCCAUCGCCGCCUUCGCCGACAGUCUGCGACCGUCCGCCCUGCACCGCGUCACUGGCGGCCAGCGGUCGCCGGCGCUGCGCCGCGGCAACAUGGUCAAGUCUCACAGUCACGACGCAGCGGUGCCGGCGCCCGCCAAGGAGGCGGAGCUGGGCUCGCGGCUGCGCCAGAUCGCCUCGAACACGCCCACUGUCGACGAGGAGGACGGCACCGACUCCAGCUCUGUCACCGAGGACGGCGACCGCAAGCCCAAGCGCAAGUUCCACCUCUUCCGACGGCACAAGGCCAAGGCACACUGA